AGUGCAGUCCAGUGCAGUCAUUGUUGCCACCUGGUUGCCACUUGCUAGCGCGUGUAUUAAAAUGAGAAUGAAGUGCAAAGCAAAAAGUCAUUGAUGUUCGUGUGAGCUGACGGUGAAGUGAAUUUAGGAAGUCAUUUAAUUUGUGGUAGGGAAAGACUUGUAAACCGUUAAUAUGUCCAAACAGUAAACAGGCGUGCAAAUAUGUGUAUAAUUGCCCGUUUUCAGGUACUUUGCAGAUAUAAAAGUUUGGCAACCAAGUUUCCUUCAUUUCCCAUGGCUCCGAAAUCGCGACCAAGCUCAGAUAUUGCAUCGUUUAAAGAAAUGUUUAAAAACAAAAAAAAUAUUGCGGUUUUGACGGGUGCUGGGGUAUCUGCCGAAUCGGGUAUACCUACUUUUCGUGGAGCUGGUGGUUUUUGGCGGAAGUAUCAAGCGCAGCACCUGGCUACUCCUGAAGCAUUUUCUCGGAGCCCCUCCCUUGUUUGGGAAUUUUAUCAUUACAGAAGAGAGCUAGUGUUGACAAAGAAACCUAAUAAGGCACAUGAAGCCCUUGCAAAAUGUCAGAAAAUUCUUCAAGGAAAUGGUCAGAAAAUGACGAUUGUAACGCAAAAUAUUGAUGGAUUUCAUCAACAAGCUGGUGCCCAAGAUGUCAUUGAAUUACAUGGAUCAUUGUUCCAAACAAGAUGUACAAAAUGCCAGGAUGUUACUGUUAACAGAAACAGUCCUAUAUGCGAAGCAUUACGUGGUAAAGGGCAGCCAGAUGCUGAUGCUGACACAAGCAAUAUACCUUUACAUGAUUUGCCGCAUUGUUGUAAAGCAAAUUGUAACGGUUUACUUAGACCACAUGUGGUAUGGUUUGGCGAAGGACUAGACCCAGAUGUCUUGAGGGCUGCAGAACAAGCUUUCGAGGAAUGCGAUUUAUGUUUGGUGAUUGGAACUUCAUCAGUUGUGUAUCCAGCUGCAAUGUUUCAUUUUCAAGGGCCAUCUGCUACUACUGUUCCAGAAGCAUUAGGAGUUUAAUAGUUUAUAUAAAAUUUUGUCUUUCAUGACAUCUAAUUCUGUAAAUCAGAAUGAAUCUAAAUUUUGUUGCAUAUUGUAAUUAGUUAUCUUAAGUCAUUGAGUUAUUUCAUAUGAUAGUAUUGAAUAAAUGUUUUAUAGAAUAUUUUAUCUUUAGUGUGAGAUUUGGGUGAUGGUUAGUUUACUAAUUACUUUCUGAUAAAUAUUGUUUUAAUAUGUAGAUUUGUAUAAUUUGUAUUUGUGAAUGAAUAAGGUAAUGUUUAGGUUUCAACAUUAUUUAUUUAAUAUUUUGGUUUUGGUUUCUAAUGGUUUUCAAUGUUUAUCUUGAAUGUCUGUAGAGAUUUUUAUAAAUGUAAUAUAUUAUGUUUUAUUUUCCAUUUA